GAGAAGCCCGCCAGGGCCCGGACAAAAGCCGGAUCCCGGGCGGCCGCGGGAGGCUGGAGCGCUGCUAGUAGUGGCGGUGUUUUGGGGCCUGUAGACCGAGCGCCGCGCACAGGCUUUCGCAGAGAGGUAGAGCAGGACCCUCCGCAGCCAUGUCGGCCAAGGCGAUCUCCGAGCAGACAGGCAAAGAACUCCUCUACAAGUACAUCUGCACCACCUCGGCCAUCCAGAACCGGUUCAAGUAUGCCCGGGUCACCCCUGACACUGACUGGGCCCACCUGCUGCAGGACCACCCGUGGCUGCUCAGCCAGAGCUUGGUGGUUAAGCCAGACCAGCUGAUCAAACGGCGUGGAAAGCUGGGCCUCAUUGGGGUCAACCUCACUCUGGACGGCGUCAAGUCCUGGCUGAAGCCACGGCUGGGACAGGAGGCCGCAGUUGGCAAGGCCAGAGGCUUCCUCAAGAACUUUCUGAUCGAACCCUUCGUCCCCCACACUCAGGAGGAGGAGUUCUAUGUCUGCAUCUAUGCCACCCGAGAAGGGGACUACGUCCUGUUCCACCACGAAGGCGGGGUGGAUGUGGGUGACGUGGACGCCAAAGCCCAGAAACUGCUCGUUGGUGUGGACGAGAAGCUGAAUCUUGAGGGCAUCAAGAAACAACUGUUGGUCCACGCCCCCGAAGACAAGAAAGAAAUUCUGGCCAGCUUUAUCUCCGGCCUCUUCAAUUUCUAUGAGGAUCUGUACUUCACCUACCUCGAGAUCAACCCCCUUGUGGUGACCAAAGAUGGCGUCUACGUCCUUGACUUGGCAGCCAAGGUGGACGCCACCGCCGACUACAUCUGCAAAGUGAAGUGGGGUGAUAUAGAGUUCCCUCCCCCCUUCGGGCGGGAGGCUUAUCCAGAGGAAGCCUACAUCGCAGACCUGGACGCCAAAAGUGGGGCAAGCUUGAAGCUGACCUUGCUGAACCCCAAGGGGAGGAUCUGGACCAUGGUGGCCGGAGGUGGCGCCUCUGUCGUGUACAGCGAUACCAUCUGCGACCUAGGGGGCGUCAACGAGCUAGCGAACUACGGGGAGUACUCGGGCGCCCCCAGCGAGCAGCAGACCUAUGACUACGCCAAGACGAUCCUUUCCCUCAUGACCCGCGAGAAGCACCCCGAUGGCAAGAUCCUCAUUAUCGGAGGCAGCAUCGCCAACUUCACCAAUGUGGCCGCCACAUUCAAGGGCAUCGUGAGAGCGAUUCGCGAUUACCAGGGCCCCCUGAAGGAGCACGAGGUCACGAUCUUUGUCCGAAGAGGUGGCCCCAACUACCAGGAGGGCUUACGGGUGAUGGGAGAAGUCGGGAAGACCACUGGGAUCCCCAUCCAUGUCUUUGGCACCGAGACUCACAUGACGGCCAUUGUGGGCAUGGCCCUGGGCCAUCGGCCCAUCCCCAAUCAGCCGCCCACAGCGGCCCACACUGCAAACUUCCUCCUCAACGCCAGCGGGAGCACGUCGACUCCAGCCCCCAGCAGGACGGCAUCUUUUUCUGAGUCCAGGGCUGAUGAGGUGGCACCUGCCAAGAAGGCCAAGCCCGCCAUGCCACUAGAUUCAGUCCCAGGUCCAAGAUCCCCGCAAGCCUCACCACCGCCGACUUCAUCCCAGACUCCCAGCACCAGGGACAAGUUUAGAUUUCGCUGGGAUUUGGGUGGAAGACAGAAUGGAGAAGGAGAGAGAGAGACCCAGAAGGGAAAGAGCGCCACCCUCUUCAGCCGCCAUACCAAGGCCAUCGUGUGGGGCAUGCAGACCCGGGCCGUGCAGGGCAUGCUGGACUUUGACUACGUCUGCUCCCGCGACGAGCCCUCGGUGGCUGCCAUGGUCUACCCUUUCACCGGGGACCACAAACAGAAGUUUUACUGGGGUCACAAGGAGAUCCUGAUCCCCGUCUUCAAGAACAUGGCUGAUGCCAUGAAGAAACACCCGGAGGUGGACGUGCUGAUCAGCUUUGCCUCCCUGCGCUCGGCCUAUGACAGCACCAUCGAAACCAUGAAUCACGCACAGAUCCGGACCAUCGCCAUCAUAGCUGAAGGCAUCCCCGAGGCCCUCACGAGGAAGCUGAUCAAGAAGGCGGAGCAGAAGGGAGUGACCAUCAUUGGACCUGCCACUGUUGGUGGCAUCAAGCCCGGGUGCUUUAAGAUUGGGAACACCGGCGGGAUGCUGGACAACAUCCUGGCCUCCAAGCUGUACCGCCCCGGCAGCGUGGCCUAUGUCUCGCGUUCGGGCGGCAUGUCCAACGAGCUCAACAAUAUCAUCUCUCGGACCACGGACGGCGUCUACGAGGGCGUGGCCAUCGGCGGGGACAGGUGAUCAGCUGAGGGACAGGGCGCUAGGUCCUCUAUCUCUGCUCGCCGCCCACCGCCGAGUUCCAGGCACAUAGGGGUGUUGCUUAAGUCCAUAACAUGGGGCAUCUCUUCUCUGUCUCAGGACCAACAUGAGCAUAAGAUCAGAAAA